UCCACGUGCUUUGUGUGUAAACUGCAUUCAAAAUGUUGUAUGUGUUGUUUCUAGACUACUGGGUUCAAGAUGCCGGGGGCCGCGGCCAUCUCGUUCAGCGGUGUGGAUUCUUCUCUUUCAUCGCUGAGAAACUGCCAGUCUUACAUCAACACUGGAAUGGAUAUUGCUACUCGUGUUGCCCUUGACCUUGUGGAAAGUUUCAAUGAUGUAGAAGAGGUUGACGGUGUGGAAAAGGUGAUGUUAGAAUAUGCUGCUAUGGACAGAGAACUUAAUCAUUACAUGACAGCAAUUGAAGAAACAGUCCAUCAGAUAAAACGAGAUAAACCAGAAAAUAUACCAGAUUUGCAAUAUUUAGUAAAAGAAAAAUUUACUGCAUUGGAGAGCAAGAACAGUGACUCAGAUUUGCAAGCGAAUGAAAAAUACACGUAUUUUAAGGAUCAGCUUAAAGAAAUGAGAAAACAAUUUCGUCUUCAGUCGGGUGAUGGUAAUGAAAGCAUUGAACAAAUCGAUGAAGACAUAGCUGUGACUCAGAGUCAGGUGAACUUUAUCUGUCCCAUUACCCAGAUGGAAAUGAAGAAGCCAGUUCGAAACAAAGUCUGUGGCCAUACUUAUGAAGAAGAGGCCAUUCUCAAAAUCAUCCAGACUCGAAAUCAGCAAAAGAAGAAAGUUUGCUGCCCUAAAAUCGGCUGUAGCCACGCUGAUGUGAAAAAAUCAAAUCUUGUGCCGGAUGAAGCACUUAAAAGAGCGAUUGACAGUCAGAGGAGACAAAGGUGAUCAGCGCUGUAGAAGUCAGCUGGAUACGCUGGUGCCACAGAGAAAAUGUGUUAUGAGAGGUCUUGUGAGAUAAGCUGCUGAUUGUAAGCAGGUUGUGUAACUGAUUGUUAUUUAAAGUGUUUCAUUUAUAGGCAAAGUUGAAGGUCUCAGCUGUAACUGAAAGCAUUUUUAAACUGCCAAAUAUGUAUAAUUCCAGUUUAACUUGUUUUUGUUGUUUUUUUUUCUUCUUCCUGAAACUCUGAAAGCUUGCAUUUGACAAAUAAAAUGUGUUUUGCAGCAUUUAACCUUCCU